UUAACAAAUUGAAUUUGUUGGAAUAAAACAAUUUUACAUUUCAGCGAUGCAUUGACCCUUUCUCUUUCUCUCUCUCGCUCAAUUAGUCUCUCUUGGUGGACAAGUAGCCCCUCUCUCUUGUUCGACAAGCCAGUUCCGAGCCAUCUUUCUGGGUUUAGCUAGGGCUUUUGCCAAUAUAAACUGUUUCUCACUUCCCCCAAAUCACUCCACUCUGAUUUCCGACCCUCUCUCCAGAAAUUCGAGAUGAAUAUCGUCAAAUCCAACUCUCUCAACAAACUCCACGCGGCGAGGUACCUUCUCGCCUCUCGAUCGGCGAUCAAUUUCCGCGGAAUCGCUACUGCACAUCCGCGGCUUCUCAACUCCCCGACCGCACGCGGUUCGCCGAAUCAGCUCCCCUCCCCAUAUUUCUCCGCCGUCCGCCACAUUCGCCAGUUGCGCGACCCCGACACCAGGUAUGAAACCACACCGCCCAUAAAUUGGGGAGUCCGUAUUGUGCCAGAGAAGAAGGCAUUUGUUAUUGAGAGAUUUGGGAGGUAUGUGAAGACUUUGCCUCCUGGAAUCCACUUGCUGGUUCCAUUUGUCGACAGAAUUGCUUAUGUGCAUUCACUGAAAGAAGAGGCAAUUCCUAUUCCGGAUCAGUCUGCUAUCACCAAGGACAAUGUCAGCAUUCUAAUUGAUGGAGUCCUCUAUGUCAAGAUAGUGGACCCAAAGUUGGCAUCAUACGGGGUUGAGAAUCCAUUGUAUGCUGUGAUUCAGCUUGCGCAGACUACCAUGCGAAGUGAGCUGGGUAAGAUCACACUUGACAAGACCUUUGAGGAAAGGGACACUCUCAAUGAGAAGAUAGUGAUUUCCAUCAAUGAAGCUGCGCAAAGUUGGGGCUUACAAUGCCUUCGUUACGAAAUAAGGGAUAUAUCUCCUCCAAGAGGAGUGAAGGCUGCUAUGGAGAUGCAAGCUGAAGCAGAACGCAAGAGGAGAGCUCAGGUUCUAGAAUCUGAAGGAGAAAGGCAGGCAAAUAUUAAUAUUGCAGAUGGAAAGAAAACCUCUGUGAUCCUUCAAUCUGAAGCUGCAAAAAUGGACCAGGUCAACAGAGCUCUCGGAGAAGCAGAAGCUAUCCGUGCUAGAGCACAAGCAACUGCAGAAGGGAUUGCUGUGGUAUCAAAAGCCCUCAAGGAACAUGGUGGUUUGGAGGCAGCAAGUUUAAGAGUUGCUGAGCAAUAUAUUCAGGCCUUUGGUCAGAUUGCAAAGAAGGGCACAACUAUGUUACUACCCUCCAAUCCUGCCCAACCUGCCAGCAUGAUGGCCCAAGCCUUUUCAAUAUACAAAAGCAUGAUUGUUGAUCAGCCAGGCAUCGGGCAAACUGAGAGUUCAGGAUCCAAAGCUCAAACAGAACAUCCCAGUUCGCCUUCGGAGUUUGGUGAGGAGAGUUCCCCGACAGCUAAAUCUGAUGGAGACGAGAGCCUGAAUGCACCUGUUUUCUCGCUCCAGAGCACGAAGAACAAGAAGUAAAAGAGUGGGUGUCGUAACAUUUUUCCUGGCUUAAUUGUCUGUUUCCUUUCGAGAGAGCUAAUGAACUGAUAGCUGUAGAGAUAGAGAGUAAAACUCGUGCUGCUCUAUUUUUUGCGUAGAGUCUAUAUUAAAUUCAUUAUUCCUGGCAAGCACAUGAUCUUUUUACGAGGCAGCACCAAAAUUUUAGAAAAUAAUUGACCAAUUUCACAUCA